AUGGCGUCAACAGGGACCGUUAACCUUUCUGUCGCGGAUUGCUGCUCUAACUUCGUCAACGACCACUUCCAAAAGAAACUUUUUAAAGGGUUUAGGUUGGAUGACUUUGACACAUCCAAGCAAAAGGGUCUAUUGGCAGGUCUCCUGAAAACAAACAUCCCUCAGUAUCCCAAAAGGGAUCCGGAUGCCGUGCCCGCGUUUUUGUUGUAUGAUCUCUCCCAAAAAGAAGAGCCCCAAGAAGGGGAGCCCCAAGAAGAAAAGCACAAAGACACGGAAGCCUACAAGUUCAUCGAGUCAACAGAGGACAUCUGCAGUGGAUUGUACGGAGCACGAUGGGCCGCAAGUUUCUUGGAGCUAUAUUUGGUUCGUAAGAGAAACGAAGACCACAAUGGGACUCGAGGAUCAUUCUCGCCUGAAGGAGCUCUUCUGAUUCAAGCUCUGGAUCGUUAUAUUGAUACCUACACGACGGCCGAGCUUGGAGACCUCGGCAGCGAAGCGGGCGCGAAGAGCGUCAAGAGGAAGUCAAUCGAGCCGAAGGAAGGGUCGGCCUAUUCCGGUAUCAAGAAGGUUGCCGAGGAGCCUGGAGGAUAUGCUCUAGCAAAGACAGUGGAGUCUGCCAUCUUCAAGUAUGCUGUUGGAGGAAAAGCGGUGUUUAUUGAUGAGCACUAUAAGAGGCUUAUCGAGGUCGGCGCAGCUGCUUUGAGUCAUUCCGAGGACGGUGCGGUCGUCGACGAACCGAUUGUUAUUCAAGCUGGCAUCAACUAUUUCUCCUUGCGCCAUAUGGUCAUCGGCAACAUGACUGCGCAAGAGAAAGGUGGUCAGGGCGACGGCUUCGAGAAGGUAAUCCUGCCAGGGAUUCAAGCGCAGUUACCUAAGAUACUCCAAGAACAGCUUGAGGGUUUUUCAGGAUGGGAGGUGUUGAAGCCGCUUCUUGUACCUGAACGAUCAGCCCACGGAAUGCUCGCUUUUCAAUGCAAAAACGCUGCUGACACUAUUCGGUGGAUCAACGAUGCAACGAAGUCCACUUUCGGGGGUCAAGUUGUUCCAUUCUGUUACCCAGACGUGAACAUUGGGCCAGAUCUCAUCUUCCUGAUGUGGGAUUAUGAUUACAAAAAGUACAUUCCCGUCAUAUCACAAGCCAAAUACAGAGAAAACUUCCACCAAAUGGAUGCCUUGAGAACCAUCACGCCAUCUCUCUUAUACCAUGAUAAUCGAGGCAAAGCAGAAGUAACGCUUUCGAGAGUGAAUACUUCUGAUGAUGGUCCGAAAAAAAGCUGGGAGGAGACAAAGCCAAAGCUUGUCUGGGAAAAACAAGGUUGGGGAAAGGUAAUGGUUCAAUAUCCCGCUAAUGGAGCUGGUAGUGCAACUCCAGGUGUUCUUGAGGACGACUCGGAGAAAGUGGUGGGGCAAAUUGACAUGAGCCCGGUCGACCGGUCUGGGAAGAAGAAAUCUGAAAGGGUGGAAACCAACGCGAAGAAAAGGAAAGUCGGGUGGCUGGCCACCAUUAGCAAGGAAAACGCUCCAGAAUUGUUCGCACACCGCGAUUUGAUGGUGCUCAAUGCACUGAAGGGGAAGGGAGGUGGAGAAAAGGGGAAGUAA